CCUAGAGAGGAGAGAUGGAGGGAACGAAUCGUCUUCGAAGUUAAGAACACUAGAAAGCUAUCUCAUCUCCAUCAGUCUUCGAUCUCAUUCCCGCCAAACAAAGCUUUUUCUCUGUUCUCUCUCGAUUUCUUCAGUCAAUGGCGAAAACAACAUCCGCUGAGAAAUCAGAACCAGAAGAGAAAUCGGAUGGCCUCGAGAUCAUUUCCAUCGGUUCUCUCUACAAAGGUCCCUGGGACAAGAAGUACUGGAGCAGCUCUAGGGGAAAAGAUCGCUAUCCAUAUCCAGUUGGUUUUCAAGCAAUUAGAGCCUAUAAUGGGACCACAUAUAAGAUGGAAAUUCAUGAAGGUGUCAGUGGGCCUAGAUUCAUGAUUACAUCUGCUGAUGGGUAUUCCUGCUCUGGGAAAACUCCAGACAUUGCCUGGGAGGAAUUUCAGAAAAGAGGUUGCCCCCGGAUGAAGAUUUGGCAUGGGAAGAGACUUUCAUCCAAGAUGGAUGGCUUGGAGCUUUUUGGGUUCAAGAAUUCAUUGGUACAGAGGUUGCUCCGGGAACUGGUGGCAGAUUUAAAUGGCAUAGCUGAACAGAGCAUGAACUCAUGCAACGAGAUCUCUAGAAUAGAGCAUGAUGAUUCCCGCCAAAAUGUUGGCAUACAUCCCGACUCGCUACUUUGCCUAGCAAGACCACAGGUUAAGGGGAAGAGGGGUAGGAGACGGGAAAGUAAAAAUGUAAAGUCACGUGGGGAAACUAUCUUUAAAAGACCUCGGCCUCAUGAAUUCACAUGCAGUCGCAUAGCUUCAAUAAAACGCAAAGUUUCAGAAGGGAAUGAAGCCCAAAAAACGGGUGUUUCUGCAUCAAUGCGCAUGACGUCCUCUGUUGGGGGAAGUCCUAAUUGCUUUUCAUUAAAAAAUGGUUUUUCAUCAAAUCAGAUUGUUUCUGGUGACCAAGAGGGGAGAACUGUGCAUGCAGAGACAACAAGUGGGUUUGUUGACUCUAAAAACAGCAAAGCUGUGGCAGUUGCUGAUCGCUUCUCUAAAGUAGAACAUUUUGAUAGGUCACACGAAGUUGAGCUGAAUGCAUCCCAGUUUUUGGUGGCAAGAGAAAACAUGAAACUGCUUUCAUCAGUCUCUGAAGAGUCCAAAGAUUGUUGUGACAUUGAUCUUUGUGCUCCUGAUGCCAUGGAUUAUGCUGAAGAAAGUACUUCUAAUUCUACGCCAAAUACCCUGGAUAAGAUUGCUGACAAUGAGAGAGCCUAUCAAUAUGCCUCUGGAGAAGCAUUCAGCAUAGAAGUUAAUGAUGUGGCGAAGUCAAUGAUGGCAGUUCUGCUUCCUCAAGUAAUUCCCUUUCUGAAGGAUUCAACAACUGACAAGUUAACAGUUGGUCCUUCAGGGAAGCUACCUUCUAUUAUGAACUCCAACCAAGAUGAUAAAAUUGGAAAUCACUUGGAAGAAGCUUCUGUGGUGAUUCAGAAUGCACAUGUGGAUAGAGAGGAAAAGAUUGAUAUGAAAACUAGAGACGUCAGUUUUUUCAUUGCUGACAGUUUUGAGCCCAGCCAGUGUGAGAAUCAUAAACCUGACCAAGCAAUAUUGCAUUCGGACAUUGCUGAAGCUAGCCGAGCUAGUUUAGAUAAAGAAAUAUGCUCUCCGGCAAGUCAUGAACAGCAUGCCUUUGGUGUUUUGCCAAACGAAUCAUCAGAUUGCUAUGCUGAUAUGAAGCUAACCAAAAAUAAAUUCUGUCAUUCUUCAGAGUUGGACUCCGAAGAAUUGCCUCCGGAUUUUGAGAUCUGCAUUCCUGAUCCUGUUCUUGAACACAUGCCUCCUUUGGAUAGAGUUAUUUCUGAAAGCAACAAUGAUGCUUGCACAGAUAUGAAAGAAAAUUCAAAUAAAGUUGGAUUGAAUUCUAUGGAAAAGGACCAUAAGGCUGCACAUGAUUUUGAAAUCUGCGCUCCUGAUUCUGUUCUAGAAGACCUGCCUCCUCAGGGCAGAGUUGUUUCUAAGAGCUGCAAUGAUGCUUGCACAGAUAUGGAAGAAAAUUCAAACCAAGUUGAAUGUAAUUCUAUGGAAAACAACCAGAAGGCUGCAAGUGAUUAUGAUACCUGCAUUCCUGAUUCUGUUCUAGAACACAAGCCUCCUCUGGAUAGAUUUAUUUCUAAAUGCAACAAAGAUGCUCUCACAAAUAUGGAAGAAAAUUCAAACCAAGUUGGAUUGAAUUCUAUGGAGAAGGACCAUAACGCCACAAAUGAUUUGGAUAUCUACAUUCCUGAUUCUGUUCUAGAAGACACCCCUUCAGACAGAGUGCUUUCUAAAAGCAGCAAUGAUGCUUGCACAGAUAUGGAAGAAAAUUCAAAGAAAGAUGGAUUGACUUCAAUGGAAAAGGACCUUAAGGAUAUCUGCAUUCCUGAUUCUGUUCUAGAAGACACGCCUCCACUUGACAGAGUUGUUUCUAAAAGCACCGAUGAUGCUUGCACAGAUAUGGAAGAAAUUUCAAAGCAAGAUGAAUCAACUUCUAUUGAAAAGGACCAUAAGGCUGCAAAUGAUUUUGAUAUCUGUAUUCCUGAUUCUGUUCUAGAAGACAUGCCUCCUUUUGACAAAGUUGUUUCUAAACGCACCAAUGAUGCUUGCACAGAUAUGGAAAAAAUUUCAAGCACCAAUGAUGCUUGCACAGAUAUGGAAAAAGUUUCAAACCAAGUUGGAUUGGAUUCUAUAGAAAAGGGCCAUAAGGUUGCACAUGAUUUUGAUCUCUGCAUUCCUGAUUCUGUUCUGGAACACACUCCUCCUCAGGACAGAGUUAUUUCCAAAAGCAACAAUGAUACACGCACAGAUAUGGAAGAAAAUUCAAACCAAGUUGGAUUGAGUUCUUUAGGAAAGGACCAUAAAGCUGCACAAGAUUUUACUGGAGAUAUCAGCAAUGCACCUGAAAGAAAUGCAGAGGAUGAAGUUGUGGGUAAAACAACAAAUGCUGAAGCCAUUGCCUUGCCUAUUAUUCAAGUACCAAUUGUAGCAUAUACCAGAAGAAAGUUCAGAACUGUUUCUCCUCCCACAGGAUGCUGCCUACUUCCAGAAAACACCAAAACUGAUGAGGACGGAGAACUUGUCACUUCUGAAGUAAAUAUUACCAAGGGCACUUCGCCUCCCUCAGAAACCAUUCAGCUGCACACGUCUGGUAGUGAACUGUUUGAACCAGCUUUGUUUGGUAAUCAAGCAAGGGAUGAGGUGCAGUCUGAUGAUUUGCAAAGAGAUAAUUCUGUUACAAAUUCUCAAAUUAAACAGAGCUCAAUUAUGUCAGAAAAUGGACCAUGUUUACGCCCCCUCAAAGAAAAUAUUUUGUGCCCUGAUGAUCUCUCUGAGUCACAUGUAGAAACACCUCCAAGUCGUAGUGAUGUGCUGGUUGGCUACAGCAACCUUGCUGAGUUGAACAACCCAAUAUCAUAUUGGGAUCCAAAACCAAGCUCUUGUGGGAAUAACUGUUCUUCCGAAGAAGCACAAGUUAUUUCAGAGCUAAAUCCUCACACAAACGAUGAUAUCAGUGAUAAUCUGGGUAAAAUCAUCAAGUUUGUGGGGUGCUACUUCCUCCCCAUGCCUGUUUCAUCGCUUUUUUUAAGCAGAAGAGAGAAUGAAAUUCUCAUUUGUGUUAUUUGUGGCCCUGUGGUGAAACAGGAGAGGACUUUGUUCACCUACAAGGUGUCUGUGAAGGAACCCAAUGUCGGGUGCCCAUCUUUCAUUGCCCACACAUCAUUAUGGCUGCCGGACCCAAAACAUAACUUCAUUAGAGUGACUCUGGUCGAAAGAUCUGGCGUGCAGUUGACUCCUGAUGGACAGUAUAUUGUUUUACUUGGCAGCAUAAAAACUCCGAAUUGCAGGGAAAGAAAAAUUUCUUGUAAUUGUUCAUCAUGCACGUCAGUAUGCUCUGAGGAAAAUGCAUUGAAGAUUGUACAAGUAGAACAUGGUUAUGUUUCCGUUGUGGCAACAUUGAGGACUGUCGAGGUUGUGCAUUGUAUUGUGAUUUGCGAACCUAACCUACUUUGUUCAGUUGGGGAGAGUGGUAGAUUGCAUGUAUGGGUCAUGAAUUCAACAUGGAGAGAUAAAGUUGAGGAUUUUAUCAUACCAGCUGAUGACUCAAUCUCUCCUGGCAUAGUGGAGUUGAAGAGGAUUCCAAAGUGUUCUCAUUUGGUAGUUGCUUUUAAUAGUGUUGGCGAAUUUAGUUUAUGGGAUAUUUCAAAGCGUAAUUGUGUUUCAAGCUUCUCUACUCCAACAGAUCCGUUUACUCAAUUUUUGCCAGUUAGUUUGUUUAAUUGUCGAAGAAAUAGCCUGGGUUUCACAUCUACCAGCGUAGGGGAGCAAGUUGAUCGACUUUUAGGAGCAACCCGUCUGUGGUUCUCAGAGCAAGAAGAACAAUGUUCGCUUCUUUCAUCAGAGGAAUGUGAUAUUGCCAUGUGGCUGCUUGUCUCGACUGCCUCUGAUGUUGAAUCUCCGCAUAAUUUUAUUUCAAGUCAUUGCCAGAUAAAUACAGCUAGAAGUUGGAGGCUCGCUCUUCUGGCGAAAAAUGAUAUGAUUUUAGGAACUUCCUUCAAUAUAAGAACUACUGCUAUUGGUAUAUUGGGUAGUCAUGGAAUCAUCAGCACACCUGAUGGACAGGUGUAUAUGUGGGAAUUGUAUGGAGGAUCGAAGGUUGGCACUCUUCACCAUUUCCAAGAUGGCACUGUCACGAGUAUUGCUACAGAUGAAUCGAGGGGAGGUGCAUUGGGGGUGGCUGGUGGUGAAGGUCAGUUGUUGAUUUAUGUGCCUCAUAAUGAACUAAAUGCAGAAUAACAAUACUUUGACUAUCAUCAUUGGUCUACCCUACAAGCUCUCUUGUAGAAUUUGCAGCCUUUACCCUCAUCAGCACUUCAUUUCUAGCCAUUAAGAGUAGCUUCCUGAUUCUGAACCGCACAUAAUGUUCAUAUCUUCCUUUUUGUUUUUGGCCAACAAUGUUCAUAUCUUUAGUUGCUGCAAAUUUUUGCAGUUUCAUCGUACUUUUGAGCAAGUACUUCUCAACUUUGAUUGUACAAAUUUAAACUGGAUCAGUACUUAAUGGGUAAUUGAUGCUUCUACUUAGUUUUGGAAGGGAAAAGGAAAGGGGGUAUUCAGUGUCUCGAAUGAACAGUAAAAAUGUGCCUAGAAACUUGGAAUGCAUCCAUGUUAUUUUACUUCUCAGAAAAAGAAUCAGUUUGUUGC